AUGCAAUUUGGACAAGAAUUAUUGGAACAUUUUCGAAAGGUUAGUUUGAUUAUUUAAUUUUUAAAUCAAAAUCAGAUUUAUCUUCUUCUCCCAUUUCAGAAAAAGCCAGGGGGUCCUUUAAGUGUUGCAUGUUAUUUUUGUGUGGCUUUAUGUGUCCGAAAUUCCAAAUUUUCCUAUUCAAAUUGUUUUAUUUUUCAGGAUGCCAACAAACCACCAGCGGUAAGUUUUUUUCAAUUUGUAGUACGGUAGUUCGGAGGAGAGGUACUGUAGAAAUUCCCAGUUUCUUGUCAGCUUCUCAACUAACCAAAAAAUAAAAACCUUUAUUUUCUAAAGAAUGCUGAAUUGGAUGAAUUAUCAAGAAGAGCUGAAGAGUUGCGCCGAAGAGAUGGGCGAUCGAAAUAUCGACUUAUUGAAUCGGAUAUUGUAAAAUCUGGUCCUGAACCAUUACCAGCUGGUUUAAAGGUGCAUUUGUAUAGAUUUUUGACAACAUUUUUACCCAAAACCUAAAUUUUCCCUGUCAAAAAUCCCGCUUACUCACCAUCAAUAACUAACGUUCUAAAAUGUUUGAAGGAUCAAGUGCGCGAUUUGCUCGAAUCUCGAAAUUCCGUCGAAACGACAACAACAACAAAUCGAGGCGAUCAUGAUAAAUCGGGAUAUGUUACGGUAGGAAAAAUUUCAAACCGAAAGAAAAAAUACAAAUUUUUAUUAAUAAUAUAGUGUGCAGUGACUAAAUCGAUAAUCCCCACUUUUUUAGAGAUUAAAAAUAUUUCCAAAUACUAUUUAGUUUCUUUUGAAUGUAUCGAAAAAACGUAAGAACUUUUUUCUUUGGCUUUUAACUUUUUCCCGCUAAUUUGCAGGAUGUUUCAACUGCCACGUGGAAUUUUUCAACUCUCGAUUAUUCGCCACGAUCAAUUGUCAGUAUGAAUGGUGCGAGAGAUGAUAUUCUCAAGGUUUUUAUUUUUCAUUUAUUUUUUUUUUGUCACUUGAGUUCAGUGUUUACUAACAUUGCUUGUUGUUUUUCAUUUUUAUUUCUGUUUCUAACAUGUCAGUAAGUACCUCUUCAAUCCGUUCGGCCAUCGUACUCAUUCAAUGAGUUAGCCAAUCUGAUUUGCCUCCAAAUUCGCAGAAGGUCCCACCACUUCGCACAAAGACACCUCCACCAACACCAGCUCCUCCGCCACCAAAACAACCACUCUACUACACAUCGACACCAAAUUUGCGACGCUCCGAAUCCGCGGCGGCUAUUAUAAAGAUUCAGGUUUUUUUAUUUGUCGUCCCAGGGGGCGGUGGUGGUAGUAGUUCUUUAGAAAAGCAUCGUGUAAAUGUGUUUUACAUAUUUGAUGUCCUUGGGAAUGGGUCACGGUUGAUUUGUUUUUAGGAUGAUAAACCACGUAGUAUCAUGAAGCGUCGAGAAUUGGAGAGCAGAGAACAAUUAUUGUAUCCAACUAUGGAUACGCAAGUUGUCAAAUCAUAUGUUCGAAAUGCUAGCAAACCAACUGUCACUGAAACUGUUCAACGAUUUGAGGAAACUCGGCGAACCGAAGAGGUUUGUAGAGCUUCUCAUUUAUAAUAAAAUUUGUAUUCGUUAAGGUCGAGCGUCGUGUUCAACGCCGUGAGAAGAAAGAACGUCGCAGUCGUCAUCACUCAUCCUCUCGUCAUCAUUCUGGAUGGGAAGGUCAAACUGGUGGAUAUAUUGGUAAGUAUCAUAUCACAACUUCUGUCCUGAUUCUCACAAUUUAUGUUUUCGUUAUGUCUGGGUUUGGUGAUUGGUAUUUCAGAACAUCGCGGAGGUUCACUUCCACGUCGAACAGUUGUUCGUGAAGCUGAUCGUGCAAUGACUGAAAGAGAGAUGGAUCAAGUUGUUCGAGAUGCUUACAAAGCGGCGGAUGAAGCUCGACGUGACAGUCGUAUGUGUUAUUUUUGUUGAUUUGAUUAACUUUGUUCAUUGCACUAACACUAAACAUGCCUUUCCCCACACAGUUUCCAUUUACAAAUAAUCUUAUUCUAGGCAACCGUAGCAGUUCGCUGAGCCGUGGCGGAAACAGCUAUUUGCCGGGUGGUCAAGAGACCUACUAUCGCCAAGAAACCACACGCCGUCAGCAACACAAUAACUACGAUGACAACUUCAACCGCGGAAUAGCGCAUGCGCGUUACGGUUCGUUGUCCGAUUCGUUGCGACGUGGCGAAUUGAAAUAUGUGCCAAAUGGCGAGUUCCGCGAGAGUUAUUAUCGUGAUGGAACUGGGUCGCGUCAACAAAAUCAUCAUCAUCAACAACAACAACAGCAACAACAACAACAAAUGCAUAAGAGUUAUUCGACUCGCGAUGUUUUCAACGGUGGACACGAAGCUGAUCGUCGUUCAGUUUCUUCAUCAUACAGACGAGGAAGUCAACAACAAGUUUCACCAUUUGUUGAAUUUCCACCAACUUUGACAAGGUUUGAUUUUUUCGGGAAGAAAAGAGGGAUAGCGUUUAGCCGGGGAUUAGGCGGGAUUCAAACAUUUUGGUUCGUAAUCUGUUUGAAAUAACCUUUCCCUUACUAUUUUCUUUGCAAUUUUUCAAACCUUUUCAUUUUAAGAGGUGGUGAUUAUCGCGAAGAUUCUUACUUCCGUCCAGUCAGCAAAUCUCGCAGUUAUGCUGAUUGGGAUGAUGCUGGACGUGCUGGUUUCGGACGCGAAGUUCGCAAAUAUGACGAUGAUAUUAGCCGUUUGGAGGCCGAGUUCCGUGACUCGCUUUUGAUGCCAAUGCCAAAUGGAAAUAUGUUAGUUUUUUCUCAUUUUUUUUCAAAUCAAAUACCCUGUUAUUUUUCAGGAAUGAACGUGAUCAUCGUACCGAACAACUUCCAGGUGGUUAUGAAACAUAUAACAAAGAUAGACACGCUAAUAGCGGUCGUCGAAUUGGUCGUGAUGGAAAACCAGUUGAUUUCAACGAAGCUAGCCAGGAGUACAACUACAAGCGCGAACAAACAUUCGACGAUAGACGCAGACGUUAG